AUGGCUUCUCACCGUAACCCAACGACCCGGAUAAUCACUAUCGACUUCGCUCCUUUGUCAUGGAAGGCCCUGAAGGGGAUUCAAGUCUUCUACUACCAAUGCGACCUGAGUGACUCUGCGGCCGUCAAGCAGCUCUCACAGCGCAUCAGAGACGAAGUUGGCCAUCCCACAGUCCUUGUGAACAAUGCUGGUUUGAUCCGGGGCAAGUCGAUAAUUAAAGCUGAAUAUUCCGACAUUGAAAUCACGACCAAGACAAACUUGACUGCACCAAUGCUCAUCCUCAAAGAAUUUCUCCCCUACAUGGUCAAAAACAACCACGGGCAUGUCGUCAACAUCAGCUCACUUAGUGCCUUCAUCCCUCCCGCAAAGGCUGCCGACUAUUCAGCGACGAAAUCCGGUAUCGUUGCGCUGCAUGAGGUAAGAAAUCGAACCCCCCACCGGCGAAUAUACUGGCUCUUGUAA